AUGAUCUGCACUGGCUGUAAGGGCGCUUUCCCGGUUCCCGCCCUGUGGGAGCUGUCCCUGUCCCGGUUCCCGCCCUGUGGGAGCUGUCCCUGUCCCGGUUCCCGGCCCCGCUCCGACGCCCGCCCGCCCCGGCAGCCGCUAGGGGGCAGUGCCGCCGCCCGCACUCCGAGCGCCCGCCAAGAUGGCGGCGUGUGGGACGGCGGGGGCCGCGGGUGGCGGUCCCGGCCGGGCGGGGGUCGGAGCGGGCCCGGCCCCAGGACGGGGAUCGGGGCGAGCAGGGGUCGGGACGGUCCUGAUGGCCGCCUUGGCGGUGCUCGGCUCGCUGCAGGUGGCCCGCGGCGCCGGGUGAGUGUCUGGGCACCGUCUGUACGGGGGCUCCCGGUGCCCUGUGUCGGGCCGGUGGAGCGGGUGCCAGGCGGGACGGCCGCCCUCGAAGCGCGGCGGGUCUCACCGGGGACGCGGGAGAAGCGGGCCUGGGUGCCAGCGAGGCCGUGCCCACCCCGAGCUGCGCCGCUCUCACCACCCCGCCUGUGCGGCCUUGGGACAACCGGGUGUUGUCGUUGCAGGAGCGGCCCCGGCGAGCCCCCGCUGCGGCCGUACCCGCCCGGGCAGCACGGCCCCCGGCACGGCCACCGGCACGUCAGGGACUGCCAGCCCGUCAAGUACGGAAACCUCACCCACGAAGCAUGGCCCGGCGACAGCAGCACGGGCGGGCCGGUGGCCGUCACCAGGACGUUUGUCUCUUACAUCCACCCGGAGGGCAGCGAGCGCAAGGCCAUCUACGGGCACUUCACGUUCGUGAGGAACCCCCUGAGCACCUUCUCGGUGCUGGAGCCGGGCGGGGCCGGCGGCUGCCGGGCUCAGCGCAGAGCCACCGUGGAGGAGACUGCGAAGCUCAGGAAGUGUCUGGUGGCCCAGAACGGCGGGUACUUCAACAUGGAAACUGGAGAGUGCCUCGGGAAUGUUGUGAGCGAUGGGAGGCUGGUGAAAGACUCGGGAGGCCUGCAAAACGCUCAGUUUGGCAUCCGCAAAGAUGGCACCAUGGUGUUCGGCUACCUGUCUGAGGAGGAUGUGCUGGACCAGUCCAACCCCUUUGUGCAGCUGGUGAGCGGCGUGGUGUGGCUGCUGAGGGAUGGAGAGCUGUACAUCAACCAGAGCCGGGCAGCCGAGUGUGGGGACACCCAGAGCACAGGAACCUUUGACAAGUUCAUCAAUGUGAUCUCAGCCAGGACUGCCGUGGGACACGACCGCCAGGGCCGCCUGGUCCUGGUCCAUGUGGAUGGACAGACAGAGUCCAGAGGGGUCAGCCUGUGGGAAAUGGCAGAAUUCCUGAAGCAGCAGGGAGUCAUCAAUGCCAUCAACCUGGAUGGGGGAGGCUCUGCCACGCUGGUGCUGAACGGCACCCUGGCCAACUACCCCUCUGAGCACUGCUCCUUUGACAGCAUGUGGCGCUGUCCCCGGAGCAUCUCCACCGUGGUGUGCGUGCACGAGCCGGGCUGCGACCCGCCCGACUGCAGCGGCCACGGGCUGUGCGAGGCCGGGCGGUGCCGCUGCGAGAGCCCCUUCUGGGCGGGACCCGCCUGCGACACCCUGGACUGCGGCCCUGCCAACUGCAGCCUGCGCGGCGUCUGCAGCGCCGCUGGAUGCCUCUGUGACGCCGGCUGGACUGGCAGCAACUGCACUGAAGCGUGUGCUCCCGGCUCCUUCGGGCCGUCCUGCAGCCAGCGGUGCCGGUGCCAGCACGGCAGCUCCUGUGACCCCGUGCACGGAGCCUGCUCCUGCCCUGCCGGCUUCUACGGCGCCAGCUGUGAGCACGAGUGUCCCCUGGGCUGGUUUGGGCCGAGCUGCCGGAGCCGCUGUGCGUGUGACCACUCGUGUCCCUGUGACCCCGAGAGCGGCAGCUGCAACAUCAGCCACCACGGGGCGCUGCAGGAGCUCCUGCACAGAGCUGGACAGUGUUUGGCUUCCCAGGGAAAGAGCAAAGACAAGUUCUUCCUGUCAGAGAGCUCGUGGCUCUCCCUGAGCUCUGCCCUGGCCCUGCUGCUGGUGCUGAGUGCCCUGGGGAACGUGGGGCUGCUGCUGCAGGGGCGGCGGCGGCAGCACCGCGACUAUCGCUACCUCCCGCUGAAGGACAUCAACGGGGACAGCCCUCACAGCCCCACCUCUGCUGCCUGGGACCACGAGGACACCCAGGAGCCUGAGGACACUUAGGAGCCAAACCAGGAGUUCCUUUAGAAUCAUGGAUGGGAUGAGGAUUUCACCCUGCAUUGCCCCUCAGCACCGACUGGGACUGGGGCUGCUCCCACUGGGAGCCUCAGCCCAGAACUGCCCUGUUGUGGCUGUGCUUUCCUUUCCUCUGCUGCCCCAGCAGCAUCAGGGGAUGCAGGACAUCCCUUGGGUGAGGGAAUUCCACAGCUGCAGCAGCAAAGGAGAUGGGCUGGUUCCUUCCAGAACUGAAGGCAAACAGGUGAGGGAUGCAAGUCAGCACCUCCAAAAGAUCCCUGCUCACCUGAGCAGUGCUUUUUAAGAUGCUAAGCUGCCUCUAGUACAAAGCUGGGCUUAAAGGUACUAAUCAGUGUCUGUCCUUCCUUGCUAAGCUGAUUUUAAUCAGAAAAGUGACCAAAAGUUUGUUGUAAAACAUUGAAGCAGGUGCAGCAGCCAGUGCCAGCAGAGCCCUCCUGUGCCAGCUGUGGUGAUGGCUCAGGUGACAUGCAGGGUUGUGACAGCCCCUGCAGGGCUGGGGUGCUUUCUGACCAACCCUCAGGCCAGAGCAGCCCCAGAGGGUGCUGAGUGCUGUGCUUUGGGGCAGCUCCUGCAGCACAGCACCAGGAAAGGCCUCUCAGGUCCCAGGUUCCAUUUGUGCAUCUCUCCAAAGGCUCUGCCCAGCCCUGAGGGACCCUGGCACAGCCUGGAGCUGUCCCUGAGGGGGAGGGCACAGACUGGGCCAGCCUGGCAUGGCUCCAUGGCACAGACAGGAACAGCCUGGCAUGGCUCAGACAGGGACAG